GAGAGAGGUUAGGCGAUAUUCAGUCAGUCAGAUGUAAAUAAACAGUGAAGAUGGCUGAGGGAUUGGUGGUGGAGUUUCAGAAGUUCCAUAAAAACUCCAGACACUUAAAACGAUUACAAAGGGAGACAUUACAGUCGAUUGAAGAUGUUGGUGUGUCUGGGAACCUAUCUGAAGAACAAUUGGGGGAGAUCCGGUUUAGCGAGCUUGAGGUAAAUGAGCUGCGACAGGUGCUGGGGGUACCGGUGUGUGUGGUGGUGGGAGGACAGGACGCAUACGGCAAGGUGUUGGUGGUGACCCGUCUGCUGGCUGAACAGGUCCUGCCAAUAGUGACCCCUACCCUGGCUCCUGCUCCCUCACACCCCUGGCGGCCGAUAAGAUUCAAGCACUCUCACACCCGGACUGUCUCUCUCGCUCUACCUGAACACGCGCCCUCUGCCGCCGCUGGUUAUGAAUUGGUACAUUCUCUCCACGCCCACUCCCGCCCCUGGGGUACAGUGCCCAGGCCCGAUGUGGAGUUAGACCAGCGAGCUUUACAGGACCCGGUAAUGGGAAGUGCCAUGCUGGAGGUAGGCCUGAAUCACCCACUACUGAAGGAUGGGGUGCAGGUGGUAGUCACGCCCACGGCCGCCCACACCUCCACCAUCACCUUCCUCACUGGUCUCUUGCCUGAGGUCCUUCCCAUCAUGGUGUAUGCUAUCUCCCGGGACGAAUUCUCAGCCCACGAAGCGUCAGAACUACGUGAACUUCGGAGACUAUACCCCAACAUAUCCGUGCUGUUCAUACGCGUGCCCCAACUACCGGAAACCUUCAGCGAUGAUCUACCAGAGUCGGAGCAGCACGAUAUCCUUUGCAAGCUACGUGUAUUACCCUCUCCAGUCAGGCCAGACCAGCUGAACCACCCGCUACCUGUCAUCUCCACAACAUCUUCACGAUCGCACCCACAAGUUCCCAUCCAUCUCUUCCGAACGCUAUGUGAUGAUCUUGGCUAUCUAACCUUGACCCCAGCACCAAAAAAGUUCCGUUGGCGCUUAGUGGAACACAGUUACCACGUGGAGAGUGAACUGGUGGAUAGUUUUGACUCCUUCUGUAACGUUGUGCCGUACAUGAGGAUGAUUUUACAGUCACACCUCAUCCACGCCUCCACGCUACUCAACCAGGGUCACAACCGCUGCAUGAGGAAGUUUAUUCUGUUCGCUUUCGACAUGGCGCGGGAAAUUCAGAUCACCCCGCGGAGAAUCACCUACGCCCGGGAGAAAGAGGCGGAGCUCUACGAAAGUCUCAUGGCCAUAGCAUCGAGCAAACAGGACGAGAUUCGUAUCGUGAUUUGCGACACCAUUGCCAAGAUGAAGGACGACCUGUUGGAUAAAGCCGCAGUUUAUGAAUUUAAAGAAGCCGAGAAUCUAACGACGGGGGAGGUGGUGUGCGGGAGGGAGGUGCGACAGUGCUCGGGAGAGAUACAGGAACUGGUGAUUGGCUCCCUCAACGGCGAAGUGGGACGUCAGUUAGUGGAUCGCGUCGACGUUAUGAGAGACUCGUACCUGGGGACCUUACAGCGUUGUCUAGAGAGUCUGGAGAAGGACUGUCGGGCUUGUGGGGAAAAUCCUCAUAUUGGGGACGCUCUCAAACAGAUGGUCAACGCCGCGUACCAAGUGGAAGUGACCGUGACCACCUCGUCGUCAGUUCUCCGGUCACUGUGGGAGAAGAUGAAACAGUUAGUAGCAGCCAUGCCCGGUAGAACGCCGCCGGUCGUCGAUGCCGAGUGGAAGAGAAAAGUCGCCUCGGAUAUGAUCUCUAGCCUAUCAGAAACUAAGCUCACCAAGAGUAUAUGUGCACAGUUCAGAGAAAGAUUGAAAAACAGCCAUGAUUCCUUCCUGGGGAGUCUGCGGCAGCUGGAAGUGCAACUGACCAAUCGGCUGGAGAAGACAGAAGGUCAGCAGACGCGGAUAAAGAAAGUAGACGCCCCCAAACUCGCCAGACUGUCGCUCGAAUCUACGUCACUCAGGGAUAUGAUUCUCUUUGGGAUGCCACGACUAGACCGGGAGCUUGGUAGGGGACAGUAUGGGGUCGUGUAUGGGUGUGAGGCUUGGGGCGGGUAUCAUCCCUGUGCGGUCAAGUCCUUGGUGCCCCUCGACGAGAAACACUGGAAUGAUCUCGCCAUGGAAUUCCACUACACCAGGACUGUACCUGAACACGAGAAGAUCGUCGCUCUGCGUGGGAGCGUGAUCGACCACACCUAUGGCCAGGGUGAGACGCCCGCCGUGCUCCUCAUAAUGGACAGACUCACACGUGACCUCUACUCAGCUAUCAAGCACGGCCUUGAUUGGAUCUCCAGAUUGCAGAUCUCUCUCGACGUGACGCAGGGAAUACGUUUUCUCCAUUCUCAGGGUCUAGUACACAGAGAUAUAAAACUGAAGAACGUAUUGUUGGACAAAAACAAUCGAGCGAAACUAACGGAUUUGGGAUUCUGCAAGCCGGAAGCCAUGAUGUCUGGGAGUAUUGUUGGCACGCCGAUCCACAUGGCCCCCGAGCUCUUCACGGGCCACUAUGACAACAGUGUGGACGUGUACGCUUUCGGUAUACUCUUCUGGUACAUCUGUGCUGGACAUGUCAGACUGCCACUCAUCUUUGAACAGUGCCAGUCCAAGGACCAGCUGUGGAACUGUGUCAAGAAGGGUGCUAGACCAGAACGACUCCCUGUAUUUAUGGACAACUGCUGGGAGCUGAUGCAGGAGUGUUGGGCGGGCGACCCCUCCAAGCGGCCACUCCUGGGUGACGUUGAGCCCAGACUCACCGAGAUCAUGGAGAUGGACGCCAUGAAGAUAGAAGAAGACGGCAAACAGGAAACGGGAGAACUGAAUGAGGACGACAGUAAAGUUGACUCCGCUGUAGAUGCAACUGAGCAAUUUGGUGGUUUCCUAGCACUUGGGGAUGUGUCUCAGCUGGGGAACACUCUUCACUACAGCAUUAAUGGUACUCUAUGAUGGUGAGUAGUGGUAGCAGCAGUUGUUGUAGUAACCAGCAUGAGUGAGUAGUAAAAUAUAGCCUCACCAGUACUGUACUAUGAGGGUAUGUAGUACAGUAUAGCCUCACCAGUACUGUACUAUGAGGGGUAUGUAGUACAGUA